AUGUCCUCCUCCCCACUCACCCUCUUGUGUACUGCGGUCAUCUUUGUCUACGUCGCCAUCAUCGCCAUCACCGCCAUCAUCAUCUUCUCUAUAAUCGCACACAGGCUUCUCACCCGCCAGAUCCCAAAUGAUGCACCACCCGAGGUUCGUGACAACUACCCAGUAAUUGGUCCAUGGGGUUUUUGGAAGCGAAGGUGGGACUGGUAUAAGGAAUGUAUAUCUCAAUCAGAGACAGGCAACUUUUCCUUCCAUGCAGGGCCCAACAUGGUCAUCGGAUUAUCGGGCGACACGGCACGAAAAAUGUUUUUCGAAUCGAGACAGCUACGCGUGGGCGAGGGCUACGCCGACGUCCAGGGCGGACCCGCCAGCAUAGAGAAGUUACACAAUGGCCAGGAAUCGGAUGAAGGCAUAGACAAGUGGUUUAACUCUCGCCUCACGCAACUAUUGAAAGGACAAUAUCUCCAAACCAAGCUGCCUGACCUCAAGUCCAAUAUUAAUGAGUCCAUUGACACCAUUCAAAAAGAGCCCAGCGGCAUAAUCAACGUCUUUGACAGCAUGGCGUGCGUCGUCUACAAGUUGACUAUGAGCACGUUUGGCCCAAAUGAGCUCCUCAGCGAUCCAAAAAAGCUUGGACAGACGCAGAGCGUGUUCGAGAGCAUAGUCGGUCACGCGAGUCCCAUGGUCAUCAUGUUUCCCAAGCUUCCAUCGCUUGGUGCCUUGAAAAAAUUCUACACUAGUGCACGCCUAUUCUUCAUGCUCCAGAGCAUGAUCAAGAAGCGUGCUACGAGCGACAAGAAGCCCUACGACGCGAUUCAGGUAAUACUUGACCAAGGCCACAGCAUCUUCAGAACAACCGUCUUCGUCUUCGGCGCAUUCUUCGCAGGCCUAGCCAACCCUACCAUCAAUGUUGGAUGGCUCAUUUCCUACUUGGCAGCUGCUCCAGAGUGGCAGGACAAAGUACGGCAAGAAGUACGCAAGGCAGUGGCCAAGUACGCUCGAGACACCAAUGCGUCACUACGCAAACAGCUCGAUGACAUUCCGAUAGAGGCGUGGGAAUCAGAGUUUCCUCUCAUUAAUGCGUGCUUGCGUGACACGAUUCGCCUGCAUAUACUUCCUCUCUUCUUCCGGAAGAACAUGACCAGUGACGACAUUCCGCUUGGUAACGGCAAGGAGGUCAUCCCUGGCGGCGCCGUUGUCGCAUAUCCUUCGUACGACAUCCACCUCAAUCCUGAAGUCUAUACUAACCCCUAUGAAUGGGAUCCAUCAAGGUAUAUGCCCGACCGUGCCGAGGACACAAAGAGGCUACAUGGCUACGUGGGCUGGGGAUCCGGUUUACAUCCAUGCCUCGGUAUACGCUCCGCCACUCUAUUAAUAACCAUGGUCGUGGCGUACUUUGUCGCCUCAUUCGACUUUCAGCUUGUUGACAAGAACGGCAACCGUCUGUCCAAAGUACCCGACGACGACUUUAACAGAAGACUAGCCCAAGUCCCUAAGAUUCCGCCGCACGCAAAGCUUACACCAAGGGAGAAGUGA